UCCCGUCGACUCCCUUUUGUUCGCCUACCUACCCACCCAACCUUCCACCACAAACCCUAGUCCUCGAUCUGUCUCUCUCUCUCGCGGAGGUCUCCGAUGACGUGGUCGACUCGAUUUCUGACGGCGGUGGCGUUCCUUUCCGUCGGCGUCGUCUUCGCGCCUGACGUCUUCGGCUCGGGGCCCGACGCUCCCGCAGCAGCCAUCACAGCCGCCAAGCUCCUCCACCUGCUCGCCUUUGCUACCGCCUGGGGAUCCUCGCUCUGGGUCACCUUCAUCGGCGGCAUCAUCAUGUUCAAAUAUUUGCCGAGGCACCACUUCGGCAACCUUCAGAGCAAGUUGUUCCCUGCCUACUUCACGAUGGUGUCUGUGUGUGCCGCAAUCUCGGUGGCCGCGUUCGCCUAUCUCCAUCCGUGGAGAUCAGCUUCGUCCAUAGAGAAGUAUCAGCUCGGUUUCCUCCUCUCUGCUCUUGGUUUCGACCUUUGCAACCUGAUUGUCUUCACCCCAAUGACUAUUGAGAUGAUGAAGAAGAGGCACAAAGUUGAAAGAGAUAUAAACAUUGGUGAUGAAGUCGGAAUUUCAAAGAAUAUGGAAGCAGCAAAAUCCAAUGCAAAACUCAAGUCCAUGAACAAAAAGUUUGGAAUGAUUCAUGGUUUGUCUUCCCUUGCUAACCUCAUGGCAUUCGGUAGCCUGGCCAUCCAUUCAUGGUACUUGGCCGACAAGCUACGUUUCUAAACUCAAAAAGCAAAAACAUCUGCGGUCUCAACCAAUUUAUUCAUCCACCCAUAUGUAUUGACUAGAUGUAUAAUUCACCAUUCCCUUUCUGGUUCUGGUGCAAAACAUUGAUGAUAAAUUAUGUUACAUCCGGGAGUGUUCAGAAACUCCCAUCUGUUUUGUUCCUUUGUAUGAAAA